GGAUGCCCCAGAGUAUUUCAGGGAGAAAUGGUGAACUUCAGCAAUGUCUUCCUGAACGUGACUGCUGUGCCGUUUCCUCCCUACGUUGUGCUGCACGAGAAGAAUGGAAAGAUGCAACUUCACGGUUUAACAGGUUCAGUCUUGGACAACAUCACCGCAGCAUUGAAUAUCACUUACGACGUGGUUUUCCCGGAUGAUUCGGCUUGGGGAGCUAUAAUGGAAGACGGCAGCUGCACGGGUAUGCUGAAGGCUGUACACGAAAAGAAAGCUGACCUUGCUUUGGGCCCCUUCACAAUGGACGAGUCCCUCAGAACUCAUUUCCUGACAACAUCAAUUUCUGGCUUCAUCGAACUUCGCAUGACCAGUGGAAUCAAAGAACUGUCAGCGGCUAACACUAUGGGGAUACUAAGCGCCUUUGAUCUGGCCACUUGGAUCCUGCUUUUUGUGUCCAUCAUCAUUCUGGCUGUUCUUUCAUGGGCCUUGCAACUUUCUUACGGGAAAAGCACUAACCCGGUUGGAAACGUUGGCUGGAAAGUUGUAGAUUUCCUAUGGAACUACGUCUCGGCACUUCUGAAACAAGGAACGAGGGCUUUCCGUUCUGCCCAAGGGAGCAAGUUCCUCGUGUGUGCUUGGCUCCUCGGCACUCUGAUCCUGACGACGUACUUUACUAGCCUGAUCGUGGCUUCACUCACCGUGAAAAUUCCCAAACCGAGGAUAAAUUACAUUGAAGACCUUGUUAAAAGACUUGAUGUGACGCCACUUCUAGCCAGGGAAACGCAAUUCGUUACGUUGUUAGAGAAUUCAGAAACAGAAAUGUACAGCAAACUCCAUAAGAUCAUCACUCGCAACCGCGGCUUGCGAAACGUAACCGAGCUGUACAAUCCCGACGACAUCAGCCUCGUGAUGCAAGAGAAGGCGGUCUUGCUUGUGGACAAGUAUUCGCCGAUGUUGCGCCUCUCGCACAUGUGUCCCUCGUUGGAAGGGCGAUUCUACAUAGGAAAAGGCUACCUCUACCUGUGGAACUCUGUCUCGGUCACACACAAAGACUUUCCCAGGGACGUCAUGGUGGAAAUGAACAAAAGGAUCACGUGGUGGUUCGAAAGUGGUGUGCCGUCCAUGCACCCCUACGAACUGGACCCACCUCAAGCGACUUGCUUUGUCGGAAGCCGCAAGGAAACUUCCUACGUGUUCGACACAACGCGCUUUCAAGAUUUAACGACUGUGUUUUUCUUGUAUCUCAUCAUGAGUGCAUUCGCAAUUGUAAUUUUCUGCCUAGAAAUUGCUGUAAGACAUUACAGUGUUGGCUAACAUAUCGCCGGAGUCCAGUCAGUUGCCUUAGGAAAGUUAAUUAAAGGAUGCACAGGUUACAAUUUUUCACAUUAUACUUUCCUGUAUUGGAAAUGCAAAAAAAUGCGAUAUUGGAGCCGAAAAGCGGCUCCAAUAUCGGCCAAAUGUACGCUUUUGCACCACUUCCCGACACCCGAAAUCCGGCAGGGAUUGGCGUGCCGCCGUUUAGCCACCGGUCAAGUAUCUCCGUAAUAUCGUGAGACUACUGCCCCGGGUCAGUCUGUCGGUCAGUUAUAGGCCAGCGGACAGCGGAAUUGUUUUCGAUCUUUCACGGAGGUUUAUUAAUCCUCUAGCAGUACAUGCAGCUUUUUUUAAUCAAUAUGAUUACACCAGUUUCAUGCCAAAGAGAAUUCAUAGAUAAUAAAAAGGCCCUGUAGGGUAUAGAGUUCUAGUAGAUUGUUUCGAUGAUUCGAAUAACGAUACCCGGUACCCCUCCGCCGCCACUGCGCAGACAUUAGUGGGUUUUCUGACAUCGUUUUUUUCCGUCCCGCGACG